AUCUGCCUGACCAGAGAAGGGAACGGCGAAACGCGAGCUUCUGACAGCCAAGGCAACCACAUUCACGUCGUGUUGUUUGUCACUGUUAUUAGUAGGUCUUAUUGUCAGCCAAGGACCUGAUCCCAGCCCUUCAUAUCAUUCAGCAACGCCUUAGGUGCCAUCGGGUCACUUGGAGUAGCCAAAGGAAUUCGAGGGAAUUCCCGGGUUAGCCUCGGCCUUUCGGUAGCUGCCAUCGGAUAAUCUAUUCGAUCACGUUCCGUCAAAGCUUCACCCGCUAAAUUCGUCUUCGUUGUCUCGCCACUUAUUUUACGGCAUCGAUUUCCACUUCACCUGACCUCCUUCCAGCUCUUGCAUCUGUUGCCUGACGCCAUGGAAGCUGCGAGUCAGGCAGGCCAGCUACCAUUUGAAGAAGACAGAGCUUCCGAAUGACUGCUCCUUCUACCAUCACACAUCGUUUCUCCGUUCUUGACGUUCGCCAUAACGCUAGCAGCAGUAUCGUCAGUCCCCGCCUCUAGAAACCUUCGCAUGCUAAUCUUCCUCUAGCAGCCGUGUCCGCAUGGGCAUCGCGUGGUCGCGCUGGCUCGACGUGCUCCACGGCGGCGAGGCGGAGGGUGUGCCGCCCGGCGUGCCGGCGAUGGUGCAGCGCGCGUUCGAGCGGUACGCCGACGACAACGGCGUGAUGACGAGCAAGGCGCUGCUGCGCUUCUUCCAGGACUUCCAGGAGGACAGGGUGCGCCGUGCCGUGCGGGGGGACAUGGAGGGGACAGGGAGGACAGGGUGCGCCACGGACGGGACAGGGUCGCUCCAGCAAGACAAGGGAGACAUUCGGUGCUUGCUCGAAGCGUAGUCCUCCCGUCGUCCUUCGUCUGUCGGAUUCCAUUGAUCCUUUGCUUCCCCACGUGAAAACUCUUACGUCACGUCACACUAAACGCCCUCCCCUUACCUACUUCCUCAUCCCCAUCCGCCCGCGCGCAGGGCGUGCUGCACGGCCCCAUGGCCAACCUGCUGCUCUCCUUCCCCACGUCCAGCGCCAAGCCCUCUGACGGGCCCCCCCAGGUGCACCGCAGCCGCUCGCACCGCGCGCAGCCCGCGAAGCAGCGGCACUCGCGCACGCUGACGCGCUACUCCAUGACGCUGGGCGGCAGCCGCCUCAAGGAGCAGGCCCACCCCAACCCCGACCAGUUCCUGCACGUGCUGCUCUGCCCGCUGCUCACGCCCGCGCUCUCAGCCCGGGUGAGUGAGGACAUGCGCGCGCCGCUGUCGCACUACUACAUCUACACGGGGCACAACUCGUACCUCAAGGGCAACCAGCUGACGAGCGACAGCAGCGUGAAGCCCAUCGUGAAGGCGCUCAAGAGGGGCGUGCGCGUCAUCGAGCUCGACCUCUGGCCCUCCAGCGACAAGACCGAGAUCCUUGUCAUGCACGGCGGCACUCUGACGCGGCCGGUGGGGUUUGCGGAGUGCAUAGCAGCCAUUAAGGAGCACGCGUUUGAGGCGUCGGACUACCCCGUCAUCAUCACACUGGAGGACCACCUCCCGCCCUCGCUGCAGGCCAUCGCCGCGCAGGCGAUGUGCGAGAUCCUGGGCGACCUGCUGUACCUGCCGGACGAGGCGGCGCCCCAGGCGGACUUCCCGUCGCCGUUUGAGCUGCGGCGCCGCAUCCUCGUGUCCACGCAGCCGCCCAAGGGCCCCAAGGAGCUCUCCACCGUCGUCGCCCCGGGGGGAUCCUUCAAGGAAGCUGCACUGAGGGGUGAACCGAGCUCUCCUUGCUCCCCUUCUCCACCUGCUUCUAACGGUGAUGUGCCACGUGGUUCCCCAUCUGCUGAUGUGGCUCGUGGUUCCCCAUCUGCUGAUGUGGCUCGUGGUUCCCCUGGUGCUGCUGACGUGGCACGUGGUCGCGAUGGUACUGGCAGGGUUCGCAGUCCACCUGCUGCUGAUUUGGCGUGCAACUCCCAUGGUGCUGAUCUGGCACGGGGGCAGGCGGACUGGUUGUCUUUCAGAGACAUGGCGGAGGGGUCAUCUGCCACUCUCGCGUCUGCUGCUGCCCCCACCCCCCCCCAUCACCCGCCGCGCUCCCAUGCGCCUGCCAGCGAGGGCGAGCUGUCCGACACAGCCUCCAGCGGGGGCCGCUUCGCUGCAGAGGGGGACAGAGGGCAUGGAGGAAGAGGAGGAAGAGGAGCGGAGGGGGAGGGCAGCGAAGUGGAUGCAGGGGCAGGGGCAGCGGGCAGCAGCAGAGCUCGGCGGGAGAGGGAGAGGGAGUGGUCGUUCUCGUUCCAUGUGGCAGUGCCGGCAGAGGACGGCGAGGGCGUCAUGGCGCUGGGGGCGGCGCUCAGCAUGGCGGGCAGACACCGCGGCAGCAGGGGCAGUGGGGCGGGCGGCCAGGGAGGGGCAUCCCGGCGCAGCAGAGGGAAUGCGUCCAAAGGGAGUGGCAGUGGGAUGUCGUGGGGAAGCAUGGGGCACAGCAUGGGGCACAGCAUGGGGCACGGUGUGGGCGGUGUGUCGCAUGGUAGUGACUGGUCGUCUGGCCGCUCCGUGCAGCUGCAGCAGGUGGAUGAGACGCAGCUCCAGCAGGUGGAGGCGCAGUGGACGCAGGAGGACGCGGCGGAGGAGGCGGCGGAGGACGCCCUGACGGCCAAGGUGCCGCAGUACCGCCGGCUCAUCUCCAUCCCAGGCGGCAAGCUCAAGGGCGGCAGCGUGGAGGAGGGGCUGAGCGGGUGCAGCGGCGGGGCGGUGCGCCGCAUCUCGCUGUCGGAGACGCAGCUGGCGGCAGCGGCGCGCUCCUCCCCGCAUGUGCUGCUGGCGUUCACGCAGCGCCACCUGCUGCGCAUCUACCCCUUCGGCCUCCGCGUCACCUCCUCCAACUAUGACCCCAUGCAGGCGUGGCUGCACGGCGCGCAGAUGGUGGCGAUGAACAUGCAGGGGUACGGCCGCCCGCUGUGGCUCGUGCACGGCUUCUUCCGCGCCAACGGCGCCUGCGGCUACGUCAAGAAGCCCGCCUGCCUCAUGGGGGGGGAAGAGGGGGGCGGGGAGGGGCAGGGGGAGAUAGGAGGGGAUGUGGGGAAGGAGAGUGUGCCGUACAACCCCCAGGCUGUGCGCCCUGUGCAGCUGGUGCUACGGGUGCACGUCGUCCUGGGAACGGGGUGGUACACUCGCUUCGCCCACAGCAACUUCGAUGCGGGCGGCCCCAGCGUGCUGUGCCGGGUGCGUUGCUGCAAGCCCGGGUCAUGGGGUCAGCAGGAUCGUGGUGUGGUGGCAGCCCUGCACUUUCGGCUGUCCGCUGUCAGUUGUCCGCCCCACGCCGUCAGCUCAUAUCCAACUCCUCACUUCAUAGCCCCCGUCACCUCAUCUCCCGCCUGACCUCAUACCCCCCUGACCUCGUAUCCCCCUGACCUCAUAUCCCCUAUCACCGCAUAUUCCCCGUCACCUCGUAUCUCCCGUCACGUCACCUCAUACCCCCAGUCACCUCACCUCAUAUCCCUCCCCCUUGACCUCAUAUCCCUCCCCCUUGACCUCAUAUCCCCCGUCCCCUUAUAACCCUCCCCCGUGACCUCAUACCCCUCCCCGUCACCGCAUAUUCCCCGUCACCUCAUAUCCUGUUGGAUGUCGGGUGUUGUGUGUCGGCUGUCGGGUGUCGGGUGUUGGCUGCUGGCUGUCAGGUGUGGGGUUUCAGGUGUCAGCUGCCGGCUGCUGGCUGCCGGCUGUGGGGUGUCGGGUGUCAGGUGUCGGGUGUUGACUGUCGGUUGUCCGCUGUCAGGAGUCAGCUGUCGCGUGUGGAGUGUUGGGUGUCGGCUGUCGGGUGUCGGGUGUCGGAUGUCGGGUGUCUGGUGUCGUGUGUAGGCUGUUGGCUGUUCGGUGGCUUCCAUUCUUGUGAACAGCUUCCCGCUCUCACUCUCUCCUGUGUUGUCAUCCACCACACGCGCACCUGCCCUCCUGCCGCCCUCACCGUGGCCCCACCCCACUGGGCAGGUGUCAGUGGAGGGGGCGCCAGCGGACGUGGGGGAGAGGCGGCUGGACGUGAGGGUGGGGCAGUGGAACCCGUGUUGGGACGACACGCCGCUGCUCUUCCCGCUCACGCUCCCCCAGCUCGCCCUGCUCUGCUUCGAGGUCAAAGUGCUGGGCCUUUCUUCUUCCUGCUACCCCUUUCUUGACUAUCUGUUUGAGAAGAACCUGUACCAGGACGACUUUGGCGGGCAGGUGGUGCUGCCAAUCAUGUUCCUGCGCCCUGGCUUCCGCUGUGUGCCGCUGUACGACCGCAAGGGCCGGCCCAUGGCGGGGGAGCAGGGUGACGAGGCCGAAGGGCCAAGGCUGUUAUGCCAAUUCGAGCUGCUCAAACCAGGGGAGGAAAAUGAAACCAAGGAAAGGGUUCCCAAGUCGACGACUUGGGCAGGAGCCUCUAGCAGCGUGAAAGGCAGUGAGCAAGAACUCCAAAGACCAAAGGUUGGCAGAAGCCAUGAAAUUUGAAGGAUACAUGCUUUGGCAAAGCUUCUAUUCCAUACAAUAUUUAUAUUCAUUGUACGAAGGCCUUGUGUGUACCGAACAUAGAAUUGUUAUAUUCAUAGAAG